AUUUCUAAGCCAUUGCGUGUGUGUCUGUGCAACUGUGCUGCAUCCAAGCUAAGACCAAGAUCAUCGUCAUUCGUCAGAGCCUUCCUACCGGCAACCAACUCCAACGAAAGCCGCCUCACCAACUCCCAGCGGUUGCGAUGUACUGUCUGUCACAUACAUGCCAUGGAUAUAAAGGGGCAUUGGCUUGGGAUCACCUCUGCAUCUCGCCUGGGAUCUGCUAGCUUGAUCUCUCCUAGUCCUAGCCCAUUCGCUUCUCCUGUUCGUCGCUCUUAAUUUGCUUGCUCGAUCCCUGGCAGUGGCAGCUGCUGCAAUGGCUUCCGGUGGCGCGUCGUCACUGGCCUUGGCCGCGCUGCUCCUCGUGAGCUGCGCCUCGGCGGCGGUGGCGACCAAGUACACCGUCGGGGACGCGUCCGGCUGGACGACCACCGGCGACUACGCCACCUGGGCCAGCGGCAAGAAGUUCAAAGUCGGCGACAGUCUCGAGUUCAAAUACGCCGGCGGGGCGCACACGGUGGACGAGGUGAGCGCGGCGGACUACGCCGCCUGCUCCUCCAGCAACGCGCUCAGCACCGACAGCGCCGGCGCCACGACCGUGACCCUCAAGACGGCCGGCAAGCACUACUUCAUCUGCGGCGUGGCGGGCCAUUGCAGCAGCGGCAUGAAGCUCGUGGUGGACGUGGCCAAGGCGGUGGCCGCCCCGGCGCCGGCCCCAGCCGCGGCCGCGGCCCCGGCUCCGGCCGCGGACACCGCCCCAGACGCCCCCGACACCACGCCGUCGACCCCGACGUCCCCCUCGAGCUCCGGCGGCCGCACGCCCAAGAGCCCAGACACGACGGUCCUCUCGCCGCCGGACAAGAAGUCCACCUCCUCCGGCGCCACCGGGCUCAGCGCCGCGGCGUGGGCCGGCUUGGGCCUUGCCGGGCUCGUGGCCGUGCACCUCGGCGCGUUCUAGGCCAGCCCGCUGGCCUGGCCAGGGAGGAGACAGUGCCGUGU